UUGAUGCGGUCAAGGAUUGUUUACAUCAACAGAAACAAUGUCAAGGGAAGAUAAUGCAACCAAUAACAGCUUGAGUUUCAAUCAAUCAUGUGUAUCGGCUGUGAGUUGUGGACUGUCCAUCUUUGGUGCCAUCGGGAUAUUCCUGACGUUUGCACUUUGUCCGGGAAUACGAAACACGGCGAGAAAAUUGAUGACAUUCUUGACUAUAGCUGACUUCCUACAGACUUCAGGAUAUUUGGCUUCGAUUGUGGUGCACGGUUUCGGAGACCACGUUAGUGAAAAACUGUUUUGCACGGUACAGAGUGCUGUAACAACCUACUCAAGCCUGGUCUCAUUCUUUCUGACUGUAGCUAUUGCUGUCUACUUGUUCACAGCGGUCAACAGGCGCGAAGUGUCUUCAACCAGGGUCCUUGUCGUAUCCAACGUUGUGUCAUGGACAGUACCAGGCAAUCACUUAACUAUUUUCAAAGCUUUUCAUCCAUUAAAUCUUCUACAUGUUGAUAACUGCAUUGUUGCAGCAGAGUUUUGCGAUCGUUUGCACAAUCGGAAGUUAGCAUUAACAUUUGACUCAUUGAAAGAAGUCAUAGUUCACACAAAGUAUAAAGUGGAAAUGUCGUAUCCAGUUAUGGAUGUUGAUAUGGAACAAAGUCUGAAACUAAACGGAUCGUUGUGUGAUGUAACAAAUGCUUCAUGGAGUAAACCACUAGAAGAAAAUAUAAAUCUGUCUAUAGUUUCUGCCGUAAGCUGUGUAUUGUCAAUGAUAGGCGCAGUUCUCAUCGUUAUGACCUACAUUUUCAUUCCGUGCAUACGAAAUACGACCAGGAAAAUGGUGACUUGCCUGACCAUCGCCGAUUUCAUCACACCAGCUGGUUACAUGGCUGCCAUUGCCUUCUAUAACCCUCGUGUGACAAGAUGCGACUGGCAGAGAUUCUGCGUGUUUCAAAGUGCUCUGACGACCUAUUCAAGUCUAGUGUCGUUCAACCUUACGGUGGCGAUUUCGCUGUAUUUGUUCAUAUCAAUCUACAGAGUAAGAAUGUCGGAUCAACGAUUUAUUACCGUGUCAAACUUGGUGUCCUGGUUCGUGCCUGCCAUAAUAGUCAUCGUAGCAUUGUCCGUAGACAUGCUAGGGCAAGACGAUGAUAAUACGGAACCGAUUGGAACUGGACCUUGGUGUUGGAUAAAAUGGAGCCAAUCCACGCGUGAAACAUCAUUGAUAUACAUGUUUGUGGCUGGAAAAGGUUGGGAGAUAUUAUGCUACCUUUUGACAGCGUCGUUUUAUGUCCUUCAUAAACUACAGUUGUUUCUUUACCAACGAUACAGAUCAUUGGCGCAAGGCAAUCCUAAUUUACGACCAGAUGAUAUAAAAUUCCUCUAUAUCUGGAUAAUAUUGCUUGCACUCCGUAUUUGGGGUACUAUUCGGUUCUUCAUGGCAUCUGUGUUUGACCAAACAGAAACAGUUUAUGCUCUGCUUUAUCUACAAGCCAUCGGUGACCCUUCUCAAGCCUUCUUUAAUUUCAUUUUGUUCUGUAUAGUGGACACCGAAGUACGUCGAGAGCUCUACUAUGGCAUCUUUUGUGAUGCACCAGAAAAGGCAAAACGACAUGCACUCAAUGAGAUCUCAGGAGGAGAUGAAUUGGAAUCCGAACAAACAAAUUUGAUCAGGAUGAACAGGCAGUUAGAUCUUAUUAUUGGCGAAGAUUUGUCGGAUACUGAAACAAUAGACUUUUCUGAUCAAUCGUUGCAGGAAGUUGGUACUUAUGGCGCAGUUAACGAACAUGUGCCUGUAGCGAAGCAUUCAAGCAGAACGGACAGCCCGUCCUCCGCAGAAAUACAUAUUUAA